CUGAACUGGAGUCAGACUGCAGAACAGAUAAAGGUUACAAUCAAUUACAUGAUUUUGAUAGAAUUCUAUUCUCCAUCAUUGUAAAAUCAGUUAUAUUUCCACUUCACUGCAGAUUCAGGCUCAACACACAGAGUGUCAGAUUAAGGAGCAUUUUGAGAAGCUUCACCAGUUUCUACGAGAUGAAGAGGCAGUAAGGAUCGCUGCACUGAUAGAGGAAGAGGAGCAGAAGAGUCAGAUGAUGAAGGAGAAGAUUGACAAGCUGAGCAGAGACAUAUCAUCUCUUUCAGACACAAUCAGAGCCAUAGAAGAGGGCAUGAGAGCUGAAGACAUCCUGUUCUUACAAAACUACAAGGCCACAGUGAAAAGAGCCCAGUGCACACUGGAGCAUCCAGAGGAGCUUUCCGGAGCACUGAUCCAUGUGGCAAAACAUCUGGCCAACCUGAAGUUCAGAGUCUGGGAGAAGAUGCAGGACACUGUCCAAUACACACCUGUAACUCUGGACCCAAACACUGUUCAUCCUAAUUUCAUUGUAUCUGAUGAUCUGACCAGUGUGAGAUUCAGUGAUGUGAGACAGAAAUUUCCUGAUAAUCCAGAGAGAUUUGAUGAAUAUUGCUGUAUCCUGGGUUCUGAGGGCUUUAACUCAGGGACACACUGCUGGGAUGUUGAAGUUGGAGACAAUAUAGUCUGGGUUGUGGGUGUGAUGACAGAAUCUGCUCAGAGGAAGGAGAAAAUAUUCUCCCGAAGUGGUAUGUGGUAUGUGGGGUAUUAUAAAGGUAAAUAUGGAGCAUGUUCUACACCACAGAAAUCCACUCACCUCUCAGUAGAACAGAAACUCCAGAGGAUCAGAGUGAAACUGGACUGGGACAGAGGAAAGCUGUCAUUCUCCAACCCUCUUACUAACACACACAUACACACUUUCACACACACAUUUACUGAAAAAUUACUGCCAUUCCUACGUGCAAUUUGUAAAGAAUGUCCUCUAAUGAUCGUCCCACUUCAGUGCUCUGUAAGAGUGAAUCAGAUCAGUUAGAGCUUAUUCACUUUACAGAGUGAACUGAACAAUUCAUUGUAAAAAGUUCUUUUCAACCAUGCUUCAACAGAAUAAAAAAAAUAAACUCAUGGAACAGGCCUGGACAAAAAUGAUGGUACCCCUAACUUAUUAUUUUGUUGCACAACCUUUUGA